CACGUCCGUCCGUACGUUUGAAUGUAAACAAGAGGCGUUGGGUCAACCGCACGCAGAAAAAGGGGGAGGAAAGGAAAAAGCGUCCGACUGUUAACUCCUUUUAGCCGGGGCGGUUGCUGCCAUCUCUUCCCUCCCACCUCCGGUUACUCGUCGCCCGGUCUUUUAAAAGCAGAACUUCCGACUGUGUGUCCCUCAGCUUUGUGUGUGUGUGAGAGAGAGAGAGAGGAGCAGGAGGGAGGGAAACGCGGGGCCUAGGCCUCAGGCUCCGGCCUGUUCCUCACUCCAUUCCCGCCCUUCCACACACACAAAAACAGCGCCGUCACCCGGCGGCCCAGCCCUCAGGAUCGCCGCCGCUGCUGCUGCUCCUCCUCACCCACUCCUGCCUGAACAGAGGAGACAGAAGAUUGCAUCUCCCAAGCUGUUUGCCCCAACAUGGAAUCAGAGAGCAAAGGUGGUGAGGACGAUGAGAGCCUGCAGAUGGCAUUCAAAAAACUUAAAGUGGACUCUGAACGUGCUGCGCCUGCAUCAGUCCGCAUAAAUACCGAAACAACAACUUCAAGGACGUCUGUGCGAGGCAGUCCCGAUGGAGCUAAAUCUAGGACAACGUGUGCUUCCAAAGAAAGCUGGCACGGUUCUACCAGGAAACCAGCACGGGGUGCUAUCAGAACACAGCGAAGACGACGCUCUAAAUCGCCAAUUCUUCAUCCUCCUAAAUUCACCUAUUGUAGCUCUGCAGUUCCGGCAGCCAGCUGUCAGGCGAAACAUAGCAAACAAACAGAGGCUUACCAGGCCCUUGCCGUCCAACCUCCCAAAGAGAGCUGCAAAGCUGGACAGCCGGAAGCUGUGUUCGGUGCUAAAGUUCCCACCGUCUUCUCACUGGAAUCAUCUGAAGAGUCUGCCGGUGGGAGCAGCACUGAAUCUCGCAGCAGCUCCCCACUUGAGUCUCCAAACCUGGCAGUGGCAGCAGCCCUGGAGUCAAGCCAGGUGUCCAAACCCACCUCAGAUUUCCAGUCCCUGUCGAAACUUCACCAGACCGACCCAUGCUGCUGCUCACAAAAGGAGAAGGAGUGCUGCUGCAAGCGAUGGCAAGACGUCGAGGUGUACUCCUUCACUGGGCUCCGCAGCGUCAUAUCGGAGUGCGAAAGAGGCACAGCCGAGGCCAACAGGCACACGUCGCCUCGCAGAAGAACUCAGAUGGGCUCCGGGGUCUCUGGUUCCCCGCGUUCCUGCUCCGAGGAGGCCAGGACAUUUGUUGAAGACAUCACAAUCGAAGACCUUUCGGGAUAUAUGGAAUAUUACCUGUACAUCCCAAAGAAAAUGUCUCACAUGGCGGAAAUGAUGUACACUUAAGAGAAGGAUCUGAUCCUCAAUGGCCGAUUAUUUUCAAACUAAUGUGACUGGAAUGAAAACGAGCUUCAAGGAAUACUGGCUUAAAGGAAUUAUGCAAGACCUAAUUUUGAUUUGAUGAUUUUUAAAAAAAAAAAAAUUCUGCCCUCCCCCCACCUCCCACUCCCACUGUUUUUGUUGGCCCUUGAUGUAGUUUGGAGGUUUUGUGUAAGUCACAAGUAAAAACAUGAAGCUGUUGGACUAAUGUGUUUUUUUUAAAGGAUACAGGAUUAAGAUGUCUGAAGUUAACUGUUUACAUAAUAAAGCCAGCAAGCGACUUGAUAGCAAAUUUUUCUUGCAAUUCACGCAAGACAUUCAGAGCAGACAGGCGACUCGUUUUACCAAAAAAAAAGAAAUGGGCAGUGGGAGGUUCCCUGACAGCUUGCAGCCGGUCACCUGGGUGAGCAUUUUCCUCUUAACAGAAAAAUGUCUUAAUGUCCCUCGGUUUAGAAUUUUAAAGCUACAUUGAUGUAUAAUUUAAAUCUAGUGAUCCCAAGAGAACUUUGCCUGUAUGACAGCUAUUUCUGAUUACACAUUUUCCUGUAAGUAUCAGAUUGAGUGGCGCCCAAGCCUAGGAACCUUCGCUCCUCUCUGAGCAGUGUUUUUUAUUAAUUGAGAAGGGAGGGAAGGGCUGAGUAUUGGCCUGUUCUAAUUUAUUAACAGAAGUUGGGUUUCUUCAAUAGAUUAAACUUUGAAGCUUUCUAAACACAACACAUGACUGCAUAUUUUUCAGCAACUUGAAGUAUUUCUGCCACUCGUGCCACAUAUGUUCCUUUGACUUUUUAAGGUAUUUAGGCCAAACAUUGCAAUUUCAACAAAGUUGUGCUUGACUAGAGGCUGCCAAAAAUGGCAGACUGCAUUGAGCCCAACGCCACCUCUUGGUGUCUUUUUGGGGAGAAUGGGUGAGGGGUGGUGGUCACUCAUACCCUAUUGAAACAUGUUGAGGCUAAGCGGUUUUAAAAAAAAGUUUGCCUGCUCUCUUAGCAUUUCAAUGCUCUGUAUAAAAUAAGCUGGAGCCACUCAAAGGAGAACUUUUUGUCUUAUCUAUUUUGUAAUGGAUUUAGCUAUUAUAAUAGCUAAAAAAAAUCAUUUUAGCAUCUGGUGGGCUGUGAAUUUUUUCUUAGCAUAUGCAAUAGUGGUACAAAUAGGCAAAGGUUAAGUUAUGCAUCAGUGAAAUGUCUCACAUAUUAGAGCUGAUUCCUGUAAUUCUGAGAGUUCUAGAACAUCUCUAUUAUGGAGCCGGCUUUAGCCAGGUAGAACUCAGAGAAGUAUUCACUUUGCCACAGCUCACCAAUCAAAUCACAGAAUAGCUUGCAACUGCCAUGUGUCAGCGAGCUAAAAUGCUGCUUUUUACCAUCUGAAACUUGGCUUUAAACCCAACCCAUCCUGCGAUGAAGACACUCUGUCUCGUUCUCACUCUGCCACCAUUAGGGAUGCAAUGUGAAAUGAAGCUAACUGACUUUCAACAGUUCUUACUCCAUGUUUAACCAGGUGCCUCCAAUAGUACCAGAAAAAUGGCUGUUGUCAAAAGAUGUUAAAUAUUACAACUCAAUUCAGUGGUUAAACCCUUCUACGGUGAGUUGAAGUAUAAUGUUGGGGGCAAUGUCAAAGGAUUUUUUUUGCCCUUUCUCUCCCUUCCUUUCUCUCCCUUCCUUUCUCUCUCUUUUCCCCACCCUCCCCCUUACAGCUUUGACAUACCUGACUGGAGAGGUACUUACUAAGCUGCAUGCCAAUUCCCCAGUAUAACUAUUAAAUAUAGAACAGUGAUUUCUCUACAAAAUAAAUAUUGAGGCUGUGCAAAACUGUGGCCUGAGUGACAGAAUUGCAAUCUAAUUGAAAGGUUUAUAUAUUCAUGAUCUGCAUUCAUGAUAUUGCAGUGUUACUAUGAUCGAUCUCUUUUAUUUUUAUAUCUAUAUAUAAAUAAACAUAAAUUUAUUGGGGUGCUAAUCUAUUUUGAGAUGGAUCUUUGCUAGUGUCAGCUACCCCUGAUGUCAGAGGAUGUUAAGUGUAUUAAUACCUUGGCAGCCAAUAGAGCUUUGAUUUGGGAUUUGGUUACCAUUGGAUAGAUGCUGUAACUUGCAAUUACCUGACCUGAUCUUAUCUGUACCCUCCAAUUUUUGAAGAGCUUGAUAUUGAAGUUUUCUAAUCUGGUUAAAUUAUUGAGUGGCGGAGUGAUGCAAGCCAAGGAAUGAAUGUCCCGGGUUGAUUCCUCGUUUGCUGAGUUAGAUGAUCUCAACUGGGCUGCCACGAAGAUGCUGUGGUUGAUUCUACUACUCCUAGAGUUUGCAUGUUUGUGUGUGUAAUUCAAUCGUAGUCGUUUGCACUCCUGGAUUGCAAAAGUGAUGGGGAUUAUUCAAUAGUUUGCCAUAGUUCAAAUUUUAAGGAAGUGCAAUGCUGAGAAUUGAUCUAAUUUGGAAAACGUAGUUUAAGAAUUUUGUCCAGUCAAUCUGUUUGCAACUUGCUCAGGAUUGUGACUCUUGGCAGUUUGAGCUGAGUCAGUUGAAUUUAAUUGUUUCCAAUUUCCUGCUUAAAGCUGAAUUGAUGCAAGGAUAAUGUGCUCUGAUGUGAUCUAUUGAGUAUUAAAGCCACCUCCUCUGGUAGCUCUCAGAAGUAGUGUUAAGCUUAGUAAAAAUUCUGAAGUAGUCUUGAGUACUCAGUGGAUCUGUAAAUAGUUCACUGUCUUUUUUGCACUAAAAGAAAUUUAAUUCACAUCAUUUUGAAAGGACUAGCAGAAUUUAGCUGUGGGAAAGGAUGGAAGUCUUCAUGCCUCCAAAGGUCUAAACUAACAUCACGCUUUGGAAUAAAUUUCACACUUCCGUUGUCCAAUGGCCUCUGUUUGCUCUUAACAGGAGUGCUGGAUUGACUGAAAUCAUGUGCUUUUCCCUGACCAGAGCUGCUGAGAUUCCUGUCGCACUGCUGGCUAUGGUUUGACCACCUAUUGGGGUGAAGCUUUUUUUCUUACAGUAGAGGAAAAUUGUAUGGUAAUGCAGCUUUAACUUUUUAAACACCCUGGGUAUGGGUAUCAGUAGCUAAGUUAGCAUAUAUUUUCCACCCCUUAAGUUUCUCUGAAAAGGCAGCAGGGUGGCUUGAUGCAGCCAAAUGGCUUGUGAGGGUUGCUUCUGAAGACAGUUCAGUCAACCAGAAUGUAGCCAUUCUUGAAUUCUAAAUUGAAAACCAUGUUAUCACUAAUAAUAUUUGUAACUUUAUACAAGUUCACUGUUGGUGGUUGCUGUGCCCAUACAUGCCCAGCUUCAUCCUGUCCCUCCUGGAAGCUGCUGGCUAUAUAAAAAUAAGACAUUAACUUGAUGAACACUAUGUUUAAACAACGUGCCAAAAUUACUAUAAGGAUACAAACUAAAUUCAGGAUAACAUUCUAACAGGGGCAGUGGCAGGGAUGUGGGGUGCAAAUGGGCUUUAAACACAUCAGUUGCAAAGUGAUCAGAGUUGGGUGCAGCCUUUUUUUUUUAAUACAUCUUUUUUGAAAAAUGUAUCACAACUUCAUGUAACAGUUUAAUGAUGUGUGCUACCUAAGCCUGCGAUCCAUUGAAAUUUGAGAACUGCUUUUCUCUUGCGCGUUUUGAAAAUUUGCAUCACUGCAAAUAGAUUUCAGUUCUGCGAUGCAGUGCUAAUCAUUUCCAACCCUAGGUGAUGCUGUUUGCAAAGUGUUUGCAUUGUGCACGAUUUGUAUAUUCAUAUCCCAAGUGAGAUGGGGCCUUAGGACUUGAAAAUUUAGAUUCUGGAGUUUGCACUUUUCCAAGUGUGCAGUAAAACUUCGAGUUCCCAUUUAAGAAAAAUUGCAACAAUUCUCAUGACAGAGCUGUUAAGGAUUGAUGUGUAAAAUGUUCACUGUAUAGAUUGCAGCGUGACAUCCUCUGAACUGUACACAAUGUGUAAUAUUACCUGAAUUAUAAAAUUUGCUGCUUAUUGUUCA